UCUAAUAUUUCCGGAAUCAGCUACAGUCGGUAAACUCUACGCAGAUGCGUGCUAUGAAAGCAACCGCGCAUUUGCCUGUAAAUUAAUAAUACGUCCCUCUAAUCCGUGCUCUUCACUCGGUCAGUGAUUUGUAGGCUCAUCAUGUUCCGCCACGAUCCUCCUGUCCGCUGCCCACCUCCGCCGUUUGGACCCGUUCCUCGUCACCGUCCUCCUUUUAGAGGCCCGUGUUCCGGACCUCCUCCACGGCACUUACUACCAAGACCCGACAGACCGUUUCUGGCCGCGGAGAACCAUUACCUGCGCAACAGGCGGCCCAGGGGCCACUACGUGAGUCCCCACUGUAGCAACUUCGUAGACCCUAGUACAGUGAUUGCAACGGGAGGCAGCCAACCAAUUGUCCCUCCUGCAGAAACACCCCACCGUCAGGUCCCACAGUGGAAUACCCCAUCAGUGGAACAUCACCAGUCAGACAACAGUGACCGAGCUGGUGAGGAAUUCCUGAGAUGCAUUGCGGCCAACAAACCUCUCCCAGACUAUCUCAAAGGCAAUAUGGCAUACAACCUAGCUGAUGCCUUAAAGUCUGCUAAUGACCUGAAAGAAGCACUCAAGUCAGAUCCUCACUUCCACAAGCAUGUGGCCAAAAGCAAGAGCCAUAGUCGAAGUCGAAGUCGUGGUAGAUCUCGAGCCAAGAGCCGUGCACGGAGCAAAAGCCGGGCACGAAGCAAGAGCCGGGCACGGAGCAAGAGCCGGGCACGGAGCAAGAGCCGGGCACGGAGCCGAAGCAGAGGAAGGAGCAAAAGUCGUGCUUGUAGCAAGAGUCGAGCCAAAAGCAAAACCAGGGCUCGCAGUAGGAGUCGGAGCCGAAGCAAGAAGAGUCACAAACGAAGUAAAAGCAAAGUCAGAAGGUCUAGAUCACAAAGCAGCAGCAGUGAAGAGAGCUAUGCCAACGACAAAAAGAGAAGGAGGAGCCCCGGCCCCAGCAGCAACAGCAUUGUUGGCAUCAGCAGUAAUUUGACAGAAAAUUGUCUGUUAGAAGAACUGAAACUUGUCAUGCAGAGCAAAGAUUUAGAAGACCGGUUGCCCACUCUCAAAGAUGCCUUCCUAAGUAUUCAGGUCUCAAAUGAAAUAAAGAACGUGGAAAAUGUACUUGAAGAGCACGUGAGUCGGCAACAUGAGAGUCUUACCACUUCACCAUCACUUGAAAAUGAUAGCAUGCUGCUCCCACAUGAAAGAGUGAUCAGUGAUUUCUCUUGGCUUCAUGAGACAAGUCAGGAGGAAAUUUCUAUACAGAAAGCCAGGGAGUUUGAAGAUGAAGAGUCAUUCCUGUAUGGAACCGAAACAUCUCCCCUACUUGGAGAAUAUGCCACACAUCUGGCUGAUACAAAACAGCCCCAUCAAAUGGCAAUAUCUGCGUUUGCCCCUUCCAGUCUGGAUGAGGAGGAGUGUGAGAAAAUCAAGAAUAUUCUGAAUAGUCUGAGUGGAACAUCAGAUACCGGCAGGAUGAUGGUGCAGACACAAGGGCAAAGGAAAAGCAACGAGGUGUUUCCAGCAGUUUUGAGUUCGGACACAGCAGUGGCAACACUGAGUAACCCGAAUGUACACAAAGCUCUGGAUUCUUUACAGUCUCUGAUAAAAGUGACAAAUGAAAAACGGAUUAAAAGCAGUGGACAACCUGAAACUUCAUCUGACAAACAGAAGUCAAAUGAUGGUGAAGAUGCAAAAAGAGGAAAACAAGGCAUAAUGAGACAAAUGGAAUCACUGGCAAAAGAAUUGGAGGGAAUAUUAAAACAGGAUGGAAUGGGUUUUAUGUCUCCAAUAGUUGGGUUUUACUGCCAGAAGUGUGAAGAGUUCAUUGGAGAUUUUAAUUCUGUUGAGAAACAUGCGGAGAUUCACCAGCAUAGCAACUCCAAGAGUCAGAAAGAAAAAUUGGACAAGCAUUCUCAAGAUGGCAAAGGACACUCGCACAAACACAGCAACACCAGUAGCCAACGCUCUGAGAGGAGAGAUCACAGCCGCUACAGUCACCAUAAAGAUUCAGCAACUUCCAGGAAUGACAGAAACCUCCAGCACAACAAGAGGAAUGAGAAAACUCACAAAGCCGACAGGACCGGGCCGCUAAACAUUUGCCUAAAAGAAGAACUGAAAAAGGAGAGGAUGCUGAUUACAGUGAAACGUGGACUGACCCCUCCACCUCAAACCAUCAGAACCAAGGAGGAAAACGAGGAGCUCCCUGUAUCGGGGAGCAGGGAAGGCAUAGCUGAAGAUGCAGACAGCAAGAAUAAAUCCUCCAAAAACAGCAAAGAUAAACACAAUGAAAAUGCCAGCAGCCACAGCAGCGAUGACGAAUCAAUUGACAUAAAACACCCAAAAAAGAAAAAGAAGAAGAAGAAGAAGAAGAAAGGAAAGGAUAAAUCUUAAGUUUUGUCAUUUUUCUAAUCCUGGAACAGUGUUAGCAUGUGUUUGUUACCUAGGUUUAGAAACCUUUAGGUCUUAGUUUUACUGUUUCACUGAACAAAACUGUUGUUUUGGUUGUAGGUUUUUGAUGCUGCGAUAAACUGAAGAACUUAAUUUACAGUCUGACAUGUUGGAAAGUUUUUCUGUCUAUAAAAGCCCUCUUUUUUUCUGAAUACAUUUAAUUCAGGGCAGGGUGUUAAAAAUGAGAAUCAAGAAUUGUGUGCUUGUAAAAUUGGAAGAUCUUUGCACCUAAAUACAUCUUGGACUGGUUUCAUACAUCAGCACGAGUUUAAAUGUUCUCAUCUGGCUUUUGGUUAGUAGGCCUGCAUGAACUUUCUCCCAUAAUGUAAUUUUCCUUCUUUUGUGGUAAUCAGAACCUUUUCUCACAGGAAUAUGUUGAUACCUGACAUGUUUCAAGUAUUCUCACUUCUCUUUUCAAAUUUCUAAAACUAUAAAAGUUUGAAGAAAACCAGUGAUUGCUUUUUGUCUAGUUGAUCCUCACCGCUAACUUUUUAAAUGCAUUUUUUUACAGGACCAACAGUGUAGUAGUAAAGUGUAAAAUGUGUCUUAUAAAUUUUUCUUGUGGUCUAGAUUUUAAUCUAAAAUCCAGGUUGACACAUGACUGUAUCACUUGGUGACCUUGUAAAUAAAAAGGUUGUACAGAAA